AACCCUUCUCUGCCUUCCAUUUUUUCCUCCCCCCCUCCUCCUCCUCCUCCUCCUCCUCCUCCUCUGAAAACCUCUCUGCGAUUCUACUGGUUUUCUUGAUUCCGGUUGAUUGAUCCGCUGCAUUAUAAUUUACUUCACCAAAAAUGGAAUUUGAGGACCGCUACGGAUUGACACAGACACCAAAGUACGACUGCCUCUUAUUUGAUCUAGACGAUACUCUCUAUCCCGUUAGUUCUGGUCUUGCCAGAGAAUGUGGGAAGAACAUCAAGGAUUAUAUGGUUGAAAGGCUUGGCAUAGAUCAGAGCAACAUUGUUGACUUGUCAAAUUUACUGUACAAGAAUUACGGGACAACAAUGGCUGGCCUCAGGGCAAUUGGAUACGACUUUGACUACGAUGAGUACCACAGUUUCGUUCAUGGGAGACUACCUUACGAGAACUUAAAACCAGAUCCUGUAUUGAGGAGUCUAUUGAUGAGUCUGCCUUACAGAAAAGUUAUAUUCACAAAUGCGGACAAGAUCCAUUCAGUUAAAGUUCUUAGCAAGCUUGGAUUAGAGGAUUGUUUUGAGGGAAUUAUCUGUUUUGAGACACUGAAUCCUACCCACAAAGCCAGUGUUUCAGAUGAUGAGGAUGACAUUGAAUUUGUGGGAUUAGCUCCUCCUGCCAAAAAUGAUGUUCAAAGUGGCGAAAUUUUCGAUAUACUUGGGCAUUUUGCUCAGCCUAACCGAGCCGUGGCACUACCCAAAACUCCUAUUGUCUGCAAACCAAAUGAGGAUGCCAUAGACAAGGCUCUCAAGAUAGCCAACAUCAAUCCUCAGAGAACAUUGUUCUUCGAAGAUAGUGUCCGUAACAUACAGGCUGGGAACCGUGUGGGACUUCACACUGUCCUGGUUGGCACCUCGCAGAGAGUAAAGGGUGCAGAUUAUGCAUUAGAAAGCAUCCAUAACAUCAAGGAAGCAUUGCCGGAGCUGUGGGAGGCGGAGGUGAAGUCGGAAGUUGGUUACCCUACCACCAAGCUUCCAUUGGACACAUCUGUCAGAGCUUAGAUUUUCUGUCAUAGUUUAUGCCACAAACUUCAAUCAUGUACUUGUGGGGAUUGUAGCAUCUCCCAUUUCCUACCCAGAUCAUGUAAAUGUUUCCUUCUCAUCAUAUAUAUAUAUAUUUAUAUAUAUAUAUAUAAUCAAAGAAAUUUUAAUCUUCAA